AUGAACACAAUCCACAAUAUUAAUAAUAACACAUCAGCUUUACAGUUAUGGGAAAAUGGUAUUUCCAAGGAAACUACUGGGUCUAUGAUGGACGCUAUUAGGUUUUAUAGACAAGCAUUAAAAUUGAACCCCAAUAUUGAAAAAGUAUAUAGAGAAAAAAUUCGAACCGAAUAUGAAAUUGAAAAAAAAUUUAAAGACAAUUUGACCCUAACAUCUGAUCAAAAUGCUUUGGUAGCGGGUGAAGAGACCGAUCAAAUAGAGGAAAAUACAACUAAGGAUGCAAUAGUACCUUGUUUUAUAUUAGAUAUGUUACCACCAGAGAUAUUAUCGCAAAUAAUAGGAGAAGUGAUUAAAUUAUCUUCGGAAUCAUGGGUUAAUUUAUCAUUGUCGUGUCACAUGUUCAAUAAAUUAUGUUUUUCCCAUAAAUAUGCAACAUUUAGUUUUUUGGUGGCUAGUCAAAUAAUAUACAAAAAGCAAGUUUAUAGCUAUGAUAUUUUUCAUACUUUAUCACCUAUUGAACAAGUAGAAUUUAACAAGGUGUUGAAUGAACAGUACACUGAUAAUUAUUAUAGGAUGUUACAAGAUAGACCAUUUAUUAAGUUUGAAGGGGUAUAUAUUAGUGUGAAUAAUUAUUUAAGAUAUGGUGCCAUACCUGAAGGAUCGUCAUCUUUAUUAAAUCCAAUUCAUAUGAUCACAUAUUAUAGAUACUUGAGAUUUUACCCGGAUGGCACGUGCCUAAGGUUAGUUUCCCCGAUUGAGCCUUCUGUAAUGACUAUUAACAAUUUACAUAAGACGGAAGAUUCUUCUUCUAUUUUUAAAGAUUUGGCAGUUUGUAAAUGGUCUAUAAAUACAGAAAUGUCUGAUAUGGUGACUAUAAUAAGAUACACUAAGAAGUAUACCUUUGUUGAAAAGUUGAGAAUCAGAAACCAAGGAUUAAAAAUCCAUCAUAAAUUGAAGUGGAUUGAAUCGUUUGCAUUAGAUACCACAAGCGGUGAAAAAUCAGUUUUUAACUUAAAGACUGAGAAACCAUUUUUCUUUUCCAGGGUCAGAUCGUACGUUUCCGGUGGGUAG